AUGUCCAUAAGUUCAUUAGGAACAAACGACUUUAUAGACCUCAAUAAAGCGUCGUUAUUAGAAGAAGAAGAAGAAGAUGAUUUAGACUCUCAGUAUAACAAAAAUUUAUGUCGUUUUAGAUAUAGUUUAAGAAGCAUUGAUGAAGCAGAGACUGAACGUUUUAGAUCCAGUUUACUUACACCUACCUCAAAGCAUAGUAGUUUAGAUAUACAUUUAGGUAUAAAGAGUCCUUCAAGUCCAUCUUCUUAUCCUGAAAGUAUUGCUUUCUCUAGAAACUUAGGAAAUGAAGAUACUAUUGAUUUAGUAGCAAGUAAAUUUAGAGAUUAUUUUGAUUAUGACCUUGAUGACUUGCGUUCUUCAACUGAAAGUAUUACUAAUAGAUCGUCUUUAUUACAAAGAAAAAAGAGACCCAUUGGCUUGUUAGCUAGUUUGAAUAAUAUUGAAGAAUUAAAAGUUGGAAUGACAGAAGAAGACGAACUCCUUAAAAAAAAUAAUGAUUUACAUCUUUCCCCUAAGUCUCCUCAUCAUUCUUCUAAUUUACGUUACACUAAACAUACCAGCUCUGUUGUACAGACGAAUACCAAAAGAAAGAGUAUAGACUCAACUGCACUGAAAAAGUUAGAUAACAAUGAACAACAAACUAUCUUAAAAAGACAUCAUACGCUUAAUAACGAUCAUAGUCGCCCAACUGUAAAUAGUCCUCUUGCCACUAAUGCAACUAUGACUCCUUCAAGAUCUAAAAUACCUUCUAGAAUAAUGACUCGAUCAAAUACGAUAACCGCCACAACAACAUCUAAUGAUAUGAAUCCAAAGCAUAAUCAUGCAACAAGAGUGGGUAGCUUAUUACCUCAACCUAUCAGUAAAAGACGUUGGAGUAGUUAUGAUGUACCUAAAGAUAAAUCAGUAUCUCAAAAUGAUAAAAUAACUUCACGACAUUCUAUCCUAAUAGCUAAUCCUACCAAUAACGGUCAUUAUCAUCAUUCUAAUAAUACACUUAUCAUUGUUAAUAAUUCAAAGAAACCAUUACCAAGUCAACAUGAUAAUAAACCUAUUCUUGAUCAUGCUGGUAAACCUUUAGAAGCAUCUACAUUUAAAGUCAUCCGACGUACAUCCUCCCAAGCGAUUCGUGAUAAAAAAGAGCGUCAACCUAUUCCAAUUUUGAUGGAUAAAGAACAAUCAGAUAAAGGACACACUUUAUCCAGUGAUAAACGAAUCUCUGCUCCUCCUACUCUUGAAUUUAAAAAGCAAGCAAAAUAUAGUACUGACAAACAAUUAACACCAAAGACUGAUAAAUCAAGUUCAUCGCCUUCUAUCAUUAUACCACCUGUUCGACAUAGCAGUAAGUCGGCAGCAUUCUCUGUAAAGAAUAGUCAAGGACAACACAUCACAAAGACAACACCUCUAACUGUAAAUACAACUACAUCAUCAUCAUCCACUAAAAGAUACUCUACCUCUAACUUGACGACUCCAAGAUACAGUAAAUCAAAUGAAAAAGAUGAAUCCAUGUUAUUUAAUAUGAUUCCAAAUACAAAAGAAGUUCGAUUCUCUAAUCCAAUUACAACAGCAACAACAGCAAAAAAUACUAAAUUACCAUUUUAUGAACAAGUCGUUCAUGUCACUGCAUCUCAUAGUUCAGGAGGAUUUUCAAAUUCGACCACAUCUUCUUCUCAUUCAGGCGAUUUAUAUUAUGAUCCUCCUACUACUAGUCAUAAAAAGGAUUCACCGGUUGUGGCAACUAUAUCUCCUCAAAGAAGGAAAUCAACUACCACUGCUAAUAUUGAACAAGUUUAUCCUAAAAAACCAACUGAGUAUCGUUAUAGUAGCUACUUGUCAUAUUUAAAAAAUCAAAGAGAACAUUCUUCUCCUGAUAAUAAUAAUGGUCAAGAUACCUCUGCUGCAUCCAAGUUAAUAGCUUUAUCUAGAAGACAAAGAAUUUCAUCAGAAGAUAAUAUAAGUCAUUAUAAAAAUAAUCAUCAUCAUAGUCAAGAAUUACCACUACGACAAAGAUCAUCUUCAAUACAUCAAUACUCCACUUUACCAACACGUACUAGUUCAAUUCGUCUUAAUGAUGCCAUGGCUUAUAAUACGACUCCAUCUUUACAAAAUAAUCAGCAAGAUCUUUCUAAAAGAUCGUCAUUUUGUCAUAAAGAAGGAAAUUAUAAUACUAUUGAAAGUGUAACAGCAUCAGCAAGAAAAGCACUACGAUUAAUACAACAACGUAGAAGUAAUCAAUCUUUGGAAACUUAUUAA